GGGCUGAAGGGGCGGAGGGGAACUCCCGCGCCAUCCCCGGGCGAGAGCGCGGGGCGCACCUCGGGGUUCCCUGGCCCGUCCGGGGGCGGAGGCUCGGCCAGGCUGCCGACACAGGCCUGCCCCGGGGGCCCGCCCGCGCCGUCCCCGCCCCUCGGCAGCCACCGCCACCGCCUCCGCCUGCCGGCCGCCCGGGACGCACCCGGCGGGCUAGCGAGCGGCCGGCACGGCUCCCUGUCCGGCGCACUCACUUCCGCGUCUCGCCGCCUGGGCCGAGCACCCAGCCGCCGCCAUCGCACACCCGGCCGCUCCGGGACCCAGCUGCCGAGACUCCCGCCGCGGGGAGACCGCCCGCGCCCCCGCCCCGCGUCGUAGGACCCCAGCUCUGGCCCCAGGAAGCCCCGGAGGACCGAGCGCGCGCCUGCGCCUACGGCCGCCACGCUUUGCUCGGCGGGAUCCGGCUGGCAGCCUCCGCACGGUGCUGGCCGACCCGGCCCUAGCCCCGCGGCUGCCCGGUGCAUUCCCAAGUUCGGUUGCCUAAGGUGGAUGGGAUGUGCCUUUUCUUUCUCACUCUCUUUUUUUUCUUCUUGCCUAUUUCAUUUUCUUCUUUGAUUUGAAAAAAGAGAAAAGGACUCCGCAGAGCAGGCCAGGGACAACUGAGUUCCAAUCGCCCCCACGUGGACGCUCUCUAGGGGAAAAGAAGUUGGAAGGAAACUUGGUCCAGCUGGUCCGGAGGCCUCAACUUUGACUGGACUCGAAGCCCUAGAGUCAUGACCCUCACAUCGGACAGGUGGAAGUCUUUACCUGUCCUGGGCUGGACUUAAGCUCCGGCCCUUUACCAGCACUCUCUCCGCACCCCCGUCGCCACCACACUCACAUUUGGCAUUUAGGCUACGCCUGGACACUGGUCAGCAACAUGGAUAAGUAUGACGAUCUGGGCCUGGAGGCCAGUAAAUUCAUCGAGGACCUGAACAUGUAUGAAGCCUCCAAGGAUGGGCUUUUCCGCGUGGACAAAGGUGCAGGCAACAACCCUGAGUUUGAGGAGACACGCAGGGUGUUUGCUACCAAGAUGGCCAAAAUCCACCUUCAGCAGCAGCAGCAGCUCCUUCAGGAAGAGACCCUUCCCAGGGGGAGCAGAGGCCCUGUCAAUGGUGGGGGCAGGCUGGGCCCACAGGCCCCCAGGGAAGCUGGUGUGGGCAGCAAGCUGACUGUGGAUGGUGCUGCCAAGCCCCCUCUUGCUGCCUCCACAGUGGCGCCUGGGGUAACCACCACCACUUCCACUGGGCAGCCUAUAUACCCACCCCAGGAGCAGAGGGCCAGGCCACAUAUCCAUGGCAUAAGGCCUGGUAGCCAGGACUGUGGUUCCAGGGAGGACCCAUUGAGUUCUGAGAGGUCUGCUUUCCACCGUCCCUGCGAAGAUCCUUCCUGCCUCACUCAUGGAGACUAUUAUGAUAACCUCUCUGUGGCAAGCCCACCAUGGGAGGACAAACCAGGAGUGUCCUCCAGCAUCGGCCUGGGUGUAGGGAGUAUGUGGCCUGAUUCCUCAGGGAGUGACUCCUCAUUGCCCAAAACCUGUGGGGACCAUCACCUGUACCAGCCACAGCUCUCCCUGAGCUCCAGCAAGUCUUUUGAGAGUGGCCUUGGUGGCCAGGAUGGUGGUGUCGGUGGCUGUAGUAGUGAGAAGCCAGCAGGACUUUGGUCUACUGCCUCCUCCCAGAGGGUGAGCCCUGGCCUUCCUUCCCCAGGCUUGGAGAAUGGGGCUCCAGUUCAGCCCAGGAACCCUUCUAUUUCAGCACCCCUGGCCUCCAAUUGUCCCACUCAAGGAACUCUUUCAAGGACAAACUUAGGGAUGGGUUGUGAGAUACCAGGUGUUUUGUCCAAACCCACUGUGGACCCUCAACCCUGGUUUCAGGAUGGACCCAAAUCUUAUCUUUCAAAUUCUGCCCCAUUAUCAGCAGCUGGCAAGGACAGUUCACAGCUAGGUAAGGUCCCUGGGUUGGGACCGAAGUCGGGAUGUGCAGACCUUGGCACUGGGCCCAAGCUCAGUACCACCAAUCUUGUCCAUCCAGUGAUGUCCACUUCGCCUGAGUUAUCUUGUAAAGAGGGUCCUCCCAGCUGGUCCCCUGACAGUAGCCUAGGACCUGUGCUCCCAGAGAGCUCCAACUCAUCCAGGGUGAGGCUGCCCUGCCAAACUCUUAUCCCAGGCCCUGAACUUGGACCCUCUGCUGCAGAAUUGAAAUUAGAAGCCCUCACCCAGCGUCUGGAGCGAGAGAUGGAUGCUCACCCAAAGGCUGAUUACUUUGGAGCCUGUGUGAAAUGCAGCAAAGGAGUAUUUGGGGCAGGCCAGGCCUGCCAGGCUAUGGGGAACCUCUACCAUGAUGCCUGUUUCACCUGUGCGGCUUGCAGCCGGAAGCUGAGAGGAAAAGCCUUUUAUUUUGUCAACGGCAAAGUGUUUUGUGAGGAAGACUUCCUGUACUCUGGCUUCCAGCAGUCUGCUGACAGGUGUUUUCUUUGUGGACAUCUGAUCAUGGACAUGAUCCUGCAGGCCCUGGGGAAGUCCUACCAUCCUGGCUGUUUCCGAUGUGUGAUCUGUAACGAGUGUUUGGACGGGGUGCCCUUCACCGUGGACUCGGAGAACAAGAUCUACUGUGUUCGAGAUUACCACAAGGUAUUGGCCCCCAAGUGUGCAGCUUGUGGGCUUCCCAUCCUUCCACCUGAGGGCUCCGAUGAGACCAUCCGUGUUGUGUCCAUGGACAGAGACUACCACGUGGAGUGUUACCACUGCGAGGACUGUGGUCUGGAGCUCAAUGAUGAAGACGGUCACCGCUGCUACCCCCUGGAGGACCACCUGUUCUGUCACUCAUGUCACGUCAAGAGGCUGGAGAAAGGCCCCUCGUCUGCAGCCCUCCACCAGCACCACUUCUAGCCAGAGCCACUCCCGGACCUCCUGGUGGGGGUGAGGGGCCAGAGCUGCACAAGGAAACAUCUGCCCUUUACUUCUGGUGGCCCCUGGGAUGGAAUUGGGGUAGAGGAAGAGGAGAACGGGUGGGCGAGUUCCUGCAUGUGUGGGGUUCCUUUCUUUUAACCAGGGAGGUAGUGCACUACCUGUCUGGUGUAUGUAUUUCCCAAGUGCUUUUCUCCUUGUCACGCCCUCGUCAGGUGACUCGGGAAGCCACUCCACUGUGUGAGCCAACAGUUCCCGCUUCAGGAGGAGAGUUUUGUGUUGAUCACAUUCCCAGUAUGUCGUGAAGUGACAGCUCAGCAGCCAAGACAUUCAGCCCUUCCCGAUAGGAAGAUGCCUUCACCCGGUCACCCCUUCAUACAUGUGUACCUCCAAGGCAUGAUUGAAGACUGCUUUCCAUCCCAGAUUCAGUACUGCUGAGAGUGGCUGCAAACUUUAGUCGCAUUAUGGCAAAAAGGAAGCUCUAAUCCGUGCUUUGUGUCCUGAGAAGUAUUUGCUUAGUAAGUCAGAGCCAAGGUUCCAGACACGGGAGCCCAGGCUCCUCCUUGGGCUCUCACAGCAUUCUGUGCCCCUGCCAGUCCUCACUCUCUUAAGGCAGGGUGUGAUGUUUGGGGGCCCCAUGGAGGCUUGCCCUGUCCCUGUAAAACAUGCUUUGGGAGAAGACCUUGGUGCAGGCACCAGGACUCUUUUGCCCACCUAUUUGUGGUGUUUUUUUUCUCGGAGCUCUGGAGAGUCUGUGACUUUGGAGCCAUUCCUGCAAGGAAGUCUCUGGAUCCCAUGUGGGAACAUGUCUGGCACCUAUUUUAGCUUAUUUAACGAAGGCCUUUUUGAAAGCCCUGCCCACAUUGCAGAGAGAGAACUCCUUAGAAGCAGGGAGAGUUUUUGUGUGUGUGAGAUCUGUGAGCCGGCAUGGCAGGCAGUGAGUUAAUAUAUUUACUUCAGGGCUUUCCUUCUUGCCUACUUCUGGGCAAAGACAUUAUGUUUGAAGAAACCAACAUAAGGUACACUGCUUUGGCCUAUUUUUUUUUUUUCUUUUAAUUGUUUCUGUCCACUUUUAGUCUUUCACACACACAAAAAUACCUCACAGAUAGAGCUUCACCAAAUUGCAUUUUUAGGAGGGAUUUGGCCACCACACUGGACUCAGAUACCUCCUUGGGUGUGUUAGGAAUCGCUGGCUUCACAUGGCAGACUCCAGCUGGUCAGGGUAGUGUGAUCAUAACUAAAUAGCAGCUGGGAAUAGAGCUGAUGGAAAUUCAGCACUAUGGCCUUACGCAUUUCAGCAUACUGGCUCCCAGGUGGCCAGGGCUGGAGGAGGACCACACACUGGCAAGAUUUCAAGAUCACCUGAAAAGUCACAAUUUGCCCUCCAAGUCACUCCAAGGCUGCUGAGGCCAGAGGAUAAUUCGAAUGGGAGAAGCUUUAAAAAAAAAAAAAAGACUGGUUGCCAUUUGCCCUCUUCUCCUGUGACGGGAUUGCUGGGUGUCUCCCUGCUGCCAGCCAGAGCAGGGCAUGGCUCUGGCCUCUGUACUCUGCAGAGUCCUAUCCUCACACCCAGAGUGGGCUGUGGAGAGUGGUCAGUGGUAUUGCUGGCACAAGUGAAUGCAGACUGUUCAUCGGGCCUGGCUCCACCUGUGGGCCAUGUUUGGACUCAUUGGCAGCCAUUGUGGGUGAGAAGCACAGAAUCAGCACCAUGGAUUGUCUUUUCCAUUUCCUUUGUCCAGAUGGCACUCCUCAGUUUCUGGUCCCAGGCUGUGCCUCCUGAAAGCCCAUAAAUGCAUGGGCCUGUGGUGUGGACCCUGAGGCUGGGUCCCUCUCUUCUGAACAAGCCAUCCAGCUCGGCUUUGGCAAGGCUGGUGGGGAACAAAGUGAGCCACUAGGUCUUAACCUAGCUCUGUCCCCUAAUGUUGGCUUUGCCGGCACACCUUCGCUCCACUUUUGAGUCAAGCAGAGUGAAGAAAAUUGUGUUGGAAUCACUAUCAGAAGGAGCAGGGAUUUGUUUGCAAAUGGAGUAAUUAGUUUAAAACCCUUAGAUUAAUAUUUUGAAUGACAUUUUUAAAGUGGCCUUGAUAGAGGUAUUUCAGAUGUAUUUGCAAAUACAUUUUAUGUUGUGGGAAAAGUACAAUACAGUAAUUUCCAGAUGUCCUAGAAAUCCUAGCAGUGGACUUCUCUGAUUGUCCAGUCUCUGGAAAGGGCACUGGUAGGGAUCUUGAAUUGUUUUGUCUGUCUCCAUCUCAGGCCCUUGCAUGAAAGCCAUGAAGAGAUGUUUGCCUAUCUGUAUUUUAAAUAAAUUAUUGGUCCAAUAGAACUGUAAUGGGGUUGUAUUUAUGGGCAUAUAGGGAAAAACCAGGAUGAAUAAAUUUGCUUUGAAAGUUAGAGAAAAUAACCUUUUUGGUUUCCUGGACAGUUCUUGGACUUUAGAUAAAACAAGGAGGAUGAAGGCCUGAUCCCAGACCCCAAAGUGAGCCUCCAUCCUUCUCUCUUGUGUCAUUUCGCCUUGAGAUGUUUUUGCACUCUAUCUUGGUUCUCUCCUUUUUUUCAUCUGCUCACUUGAGUCAAAAGCAACCUGGGUGAUCUAUAAAAAUCUGAUAACCCAGUUUGGUCUGUCAUGUAGGGAUUCUCUCUCAUUCACUGUUUCUCCUCCUGAGAUGGAGAUCGUCUGCUUUGUUAUCUCUUACUGAAGAAGGGCAUUCCUUCCUGGCAUGAGGCAGUGGGUGGGGACUCCACUUCUCAGUUCCACUUCUCAGACUCCACUUCUCUCCACUUCUCAGUUAUUAAUAUCUGAGUGUGCUGUCCUACAACUGAGAACCUCUGAGGUUCUGCUUUUGAGUCCUGGGUGGCUGUUAGAAUAACCAAGGCACUCUGAUCACCUUCAAGUGCUGUCCUUGCCUUGUGUCCGGGGGCCUGAGUCACAUUUACAAGAUGAAAAGCAGGAUUGUUAGGAUUUAAGAGAAUUGUUCGGAAUUCACAGUCCAUUGCACUCCACUAAAGGCUGCUUUUAUGUGCCCUUUCUGUGCCCGUGUGAGUGCAUGCUGUAAGGUUGAUAGUACCUUGCAGAGAAAGGGUGUGAGAUUCUACCCCAAAUAGUGGUUGCUGGAUGCACUUAUUAAAAUUCUGUCUGUCAGGAAACCAAAUUAUUUUUGUACUUUCCUUUGCCAAGAAUCAGUCCUAAGCCAGGCAUGGCAGUGCAUACCUGUAAUCCCAGUGGCUUGGGAGGCUGAGGCCGGAGGAUCACGAGUUCAAGACCAGCCUCAGCAAUUUAUCAAGGCCCUAAACAACUCAAUGAGACCCUGUCUCUAAAUAAAAUACGAAAAAGGGUGGGGAUGUGAUUAAGGGCUCCCUGCAUUCAAUCUUCAGUAUGCACCCCCCCUAAAAAAAAGAAUCAGUCCUAAUUUCCUAGUUAGUAUUUGAAGUAACUUUAAAGUAACAACAACAAAAUGAGUAAAAAUGUACUAGGUAUCUUUUGUGUUCUGAGCCAAAACUGGACAGAUGUGGGAAAUCUCCAUAUAGUUAUGAAAGUUUUGCUGUAUAGGAAAAUUAUUUUCCUCUGUGUGUCUUCUUUGCUAUAAAAUUAUUCAAAAUAUUGCAACGAUACAACUGAAUCAAUUUGUAGGCUAUUAAAGUGUUCUCCAACAUAA